AGAUGGUGUUUUAACACAGUAGGCGCAACUGUUUCAGCAUUCACAUUAUUUAUAGCCCAGGGCAUCUCAACAAGGAAAUAAUAAUUGCUAUUGUGUAAACAGGCCGCAUUCAGUAUUGAAAAUUAUUUGUUGCGUAGAAGUUUCAUCUCUUUCGUCACAAACAGCUGGCAGCACCAGCCUACCUGCGAACAGCUGAGCCGGCGUUGCCAGGUGCCAGGAAUGUGAGCCGAACGAGCGAAAAAAAAACCGAAACAAAAUGAAAUAAAAGAACAAUAAGAUAACUUCGUAGUAUUAUUAACCUAACCGACGCGGCGCGCACUAUGUAGCUGACUGUGAACGGCGGCGGUUGUGUUUUUUGUCGACUGGCGCGCCUCGCUAAUGUUUACAUUCCGCACCGAUACAAACAACAACAAAGGGCAAUAACAAUGCACCAAUCUGAAGUUAUAUGCAGUAAAUUAGAUCAACGCAAAGCGGUAAAAAUAUUAAAUGUUCAGUAAAUAAAACAAGACAAAAACUGCAGCAACGGCAACGACAACUCGGCACACGGAUUCACACACAGAAGCACCUGAAUUCCAAUUUAAAUAAGCAAAAACAAAAACAAACCACAAAAUAGGAAGCAAAAGAGCAACAAGAAUUCAUGCAAGAAGCGCAAAAGAGAAGGAAAGAAAGUAAAGCUUCAAGUGAAAAUCAGGCCAAAGCGAUUCAUUUUUUUCUGUAUUUUGUUGUUGUGUGUGCACAAGAAUAACCAAUGAAACCUGAACACAGUCCAAAAAUCAAGUGAAGGAAUAUCGAAAAAGGCCCCCCUUCCCCUCCUAGCCCCUACAAAAUGGAAUUCCUGGAGAACUUAUUUAAAACACUGCAGAGUCUGUUGUCCUCCUACAUCGAUCUGGAUUAUUCACUAUGGCUUUAUCGUUUCUUGACCCCGCUAAUCGUCACCUUUCUGCUACCACUGGUCUUCGUGGCCCUCAUCUACAUUUCGUUCCUCGUCCUCUUCAUCUACAAGUUGCACAGACAGGUCAUCAUGCGAGCUGUCCAAACGGAUCGCAACUUUUGGCGGGUGGGCCGCAAGAUUGUUGCUGCCAUUUGGGAUGCACACGCCCGGAUUUAUCAUGGCUACGAGGUGAUCGGGCUGGAGAACAUACCGCAGGAGGGUCCCGCGUUGAUUGUCUAUUAUCAUGGAGCCAUACCCAUCGAUAUGUACUAUUUGAACUCAAGGAUGCUGCUGCAACGCGAGCGUUUGAUCUAUACGAUUGGGGAUCGGUUUCUGUUUAAGUUGCCCGGUUGGGGUACCAUUUCGGAGGCCUUUCACGUCAGUCCCGGCACCGUGCAGUCCUGCGUGAGCAUUUUACGUGAUGGCAAUCUAUUGGCCAUCUCACCGGGUGGCGUUUAUGAAGCCCAAUUUGGGGAUCAUUACUACGAGCUGCUGUGGCGCAAUCGGGUCGGUUUCGCCAAGGUGGCUCUCGAGGCCAAGGCACCCAUAAUACCCUGCUUCACACAGAACCUGAGAGAGGGCUUCCGGCAGGUGGGCAUCUUCCGCACCUUCUUUAUGCGGCUGUACAACAAAGUGCGCAUACCGGUGUAUCCCAUCUAUGGUGGAUUCCCCGUCAAGUUUCGCACAUAUUUGGGCAAACCGAUACCGUACGACGAGAACCUAACGGCGCAGGAUCUGCAGGUUAAGGUGGCCACCGCCAUUGAGGAUUUGAUCAAUAAGCACCAGAGACUGCCCGGCAGCAUUUUGAUGGCUCUACUUGAUCGUCUGCCUUCCUUUAGGCGCUCAAGGGGCGUCGUCAAGGAUAAGGAUGAGUAGUGAACAAUCGAAGAACAGAGAUCUAGAUCUAUAUCUAGAUGCUAUCCUUAGUUAAUCCCAUUUCCAUAUAGAGUAUAUAGAGAGAUUAACAGAUUGACUUUGGUUUUUGGCCAUAUAAAGACUUUGGUUCCCAUGUGUACUUCAUAGUGUGUAUAUAGGCAGCGCCAUAUAUGUAUACUUACAUAUAACCAUAUAUCUCUGUAGAUCAUGCAUCUAUUUUUUUUAAUUGAAUUUGUAAAUGUUUACACCUUCGUUAAUAUACUUUUUUUUUGUAAUGUUAUAACUUAAUCCCUAUCGUUCAAGUUCAAUAAAAUCCUGGACACGUACGCUGAUACACUUUAAAGUGUACAAAUCUA